AUGAAGUCUUAUGGGACAGUGAGACUGAGAGGAGAGGAGUUCAACUACAGCCUCUCCACAGCUACAGCCUCUCCACAGCUACAGCCUCUCCACAGCUACAGCCUCUCCACAGCUACAGCCUCUCCACAGCUACAGCCUCUCCACAGCUACAGCCUCUCCACAGCUACAGCCUCUCCACAGCCUCUCCACAGCUACAGCCUCUCCACAGCUACAGCCUCUCCACAGCCUCUCCACAGCUACAGCCUCUCCACAGCCUCUCCACAGCUACAGUCUCUCCACAGCUACAGCCUCUCCACAGCUACAGCCUCUCCACCGCUACAGCCUCUCCACAGCUACAGUCUCUCCACCGCUACAGCCUCUCCACAGCCUCUCCACAGGUACAGCCUCUCCACAGCCUCUCCACAGCUACAGCCUCUCCACAGCCUCUCCACAGCUACAGCCUCUCCACAGCUACAGCCUCUCCACAGCUACAGCCUCUCCACAGCCUCUCCACAGCUACAGCCUCUCCACAGCCUCUCCACAGCUACAGCCUCUCCACAGCUACAGCCUCUCCACAGCUACAGCCUCUCCACAGCCUCUCCACAGCUACAGCCUCUCCAAAGCUACAGCCUCUGCACAGCCUCUCCACAGCCUCUCCACAGCUACAGCCUCUCCACAUCCUCUCCACAGCUACAGCCUCUCCACAGCUACAGCCUCUCCACAGCUACAGCCUCUCCACAGCUACAGCCUCUCCACAGACCCACAGCCUCUCCACAGCUACAGCCUCUCCACAGCUACAGCCUCUCUACAGCUACAGCCUCUCCACAGCUACAGCCUCUCCACAGCUACAGCCUCUCCACAGACCUACAGCCUCUCCACAGCUACAGCCUCUCCACAGCUACAGCCUCUCCAAAGCUACAGCCUCUCCACAGCCUAUCCACAGCCUCUCCACAGCUACAGCCUCUCCAAAGCUACAGCCUCUCCACAGCCUCUCCACAGCCUCUCCACAGCUACAGCCUCUCAACAGCUACAGCCUCUCCACAGCUACAGCCUCUCCACCGCUACAGCCUCUCCACAGCUACAGCCUAUCCACAGCUACAGCCUCUCCACAGCCUCUCCACAGCUACAGCCUCUCCACAGCUACAGCCUCUCCACAGCUACAGCCUCUCCACAGCUACAGCCUCUCCACAGCUACAGCCUAUCCACAGCCUCUCCACAGCUACAGCCUCUCCACAGCUACAGCCUCUCCACAGCCUCUCCACAGCUACAGCCUAUCCACAGCCUCUCCACAGCUACAGCCUCUCCAAAGCUACAGCCUCUGCACAGCCUCUCCACAGCCUCUCCACAGCUACAGCCUCUCCACAGCUACAGCCUCUCCACAGCCUCUCCACAGCUACAGCCUCUCCACAGCUACAGCCUCUCCACAGCUACAGCCUCUCCACAGCUACAACCUCUCCACAGCCUCUCCACAGCUACAGCCUCUCCACAGACCUACAGCCUCUCCACAGCCUCUCCACAGCUACAGCCUCUCCACAGCUACAGCCUCUCCACAGCUACAGCCUCUCCACAGACCUACAGCCUCUCCACAGCUACAGCCUCUCCACAGCCUCUCCACAGCUACAGCCUCUCCACAGCCUCUCCACAGCUACAGCCUCUCCACAGCUACAGCCUCUCCACAGCUACAGCCUCUCCACACCUCUCCACUUUUUCUGGGUCAAACACUAA